UACAAAAAUCCAACUGGAAACGUUAUCAAUAUCACACUCUCUUCCACCCAAUCAGAUUUCACAAUGAUUGAAUAUCAAAAAAAAAAAUUGCCUAUAAAAAUGGUCAAAUAUUCCCCUUUCCUUCACAUUCUAUGUUUCAACCUCAACACACACAAAAACAAUAAUCUACACAUUUCUUUUCCUUUUUUGAAACCUUAUUUUUCAAUGGCUUCCACCAAGCUUAAUGCACUAAUUAUAUUAUUUUCUCUCCUUGCUUACUCAACAUUCUCACAUGCUUGUGGUACAUGCAAACCAACUCCAACACCUAAGCCUAAGCCUAAGCCUACUCCUUCAACAUCAAAAAAAUGUCCUAGUGACACAUUAAAGCUAGGUGUUUGUGCUGAUGUUUUAGGACUUGUUAAUGUUGUUGUUGGAAGUCCUGCUUCAAGCAAAUGUUGUGCAUUGCUUCAAGGUUUGGUUGAUUUGGAUGCAGCACUUUGUCUUUGUACUGCUAUUAAGGCGAAUAUUCUUGGUAUCAACUUGAAUGUUCCUGUCACACUAAGUCUCUUGCUUAGUGCUUGCGAAAAAUCUGUUCCUUCUGGUUUCCAAUGUCCUUAGAAUUUCAUGUCAAAAAGGUUCAAGCCAUGUUAGCUUGUACUACUUAAUUAUAUUGUUGUUUUUAUUGUAGCGAUUGCUUAUUUAUAUGAUUGGAAUUCGAAUGACUUUAACGAAAUCUUAGUGACACCGUGAUUUUAUAUGGAAGUUUCAAAAUGUAAUGCUUUUUUUAAAAAAUCACAGCGUGUUAUUGAGAUUUUGCUAAACUCACCGCCAAUCAAGAAAUGUACUAUAAUUCUUGUGUGGGAUGUGUGCAUUUUAAUAAUGAGGUAAGCUUGUUUGCCUUAUUUGGGGAACUUUGAUUUGAUGAAUGUGCUUGUUAUACUUAAAUGUAUUUGAAUUAUUGUAAUAAUUUUUAUUGAAUUUAUUGGAUAUUUGGAGAUGUGA